AUGAGCACCCCACUUCGCGAUAGUGCUAUCCCGCUGAAAAUUGCGUUUAUUCACCCAGAUUUGGGGAUUGGUGGCGCAGAGAGACUCGUUGUAGACGCAGCGGUAGGACUACAAAAUGACGGCCACCAGGUCAAGAUAUUUACUUCGCAUUGUGAUCUUAACCACUGCUUUGAGGAGGUGAAGAAUGGCACUUUGAAGGUUCAGGUAUUUGGUGAUCAAUUGCCAACGAACGUUGGUGGAAAGUUUUUCAUUGUGUUCGCCAAUCUGAGGCAGUUAUACUUGACGUUCAAGUUGUUGCUGUCCAAGGAGAUCGAUAAGUACGAUUUAGUGAUUGUAGAUCAACUGUCGACGUGCAUUCCCUUUAUUCAUAUGUUUUCUAGUUGUAAAGUGUUCUUCUACUGCCACUUCCCGGAUCAAUUACUCGCCAUAAGAACAACCACACUCAAGAAGUUGUACCGAGCUCCAUUCGACGCUUUCGAACAAUUCACCAUGACCAGUGCAGACAAAGUGGUGGUCAACUCCAAUUUCACCAAAUCGAUCUAUAGACGCACUUUCAAGUGGAUAAAGGAUUCCCCGAAUGUUAUCUAUCCCUGCGUCAAUCUGGCAGCACCAAGCAUCGAAUCGAUCGACGUGGAUCUCUUAUCACACAUUAUGGGGGACAGCGAAGAGUUCUACCUCAGUAUCAACAGGUACGAGAGGAAGAAAAACAUAGAGUUGGCGAUCCAAGGGUUUGCGCUAUCAGAGGAAUCCACGAAUAACAGUUGCAAGUUGAUCGUCUGUGGAGGUUACGACGAAAGAGUCUCUGAAAAUGUCCAGUAUCUGAGAGAACUACAAAAAGAAGCCGACGAAUGGAAGCUAUCACACAUAACUAUCUCGUAUCCGGAGUACGCAAGGGCGAAAGAUCUGGAGUUUUUCGACGCGAGGAACGCCAAAGUCAUCUUCCUGACGUCGAUCUCGUCGUCUUUGAAGGAUUUGCUGUUGCAGAAGACCAAGAUGUUGCUAUACACACCAGCGCGUGAACACUUUGGUAUAGUACCCUUGGAGGCGAUGAAAUUCGGGAAGCCUGUCCUGGCGGUAACCAGUGGUGGACCCCUUGAAACGGUCGUCUCCUACGUCCCCGGUGAAAACGAGAACACUGCGACUGGGUGGUUGCGGGACCCAGUGAAGAUGGUGUGGGCGAAAGCAAUUGACGAAUUUACACGGAGCACUGGGGUUGAUUUUGACAAGAACGGCAAGGAACGGGUUAGGAAGCUGUUCUCUAGCGAGGCAAUGACUGCCACAUUUGAGGAGAACAUAGAAAAGGUCGUGUGGAAGAAGAAGGAGGUGUAUCCCUGGGAGACUGCAGUGGCCUCGCUGUUCUACUUCUCGUUGCAUAUGUUGGCUUUACUGCUGUUCCCACAGCAGUCGUGGCCUUACCCUGUGUUGGCGGGCACAGCGGCCACAGUGACGAAGAACUAUUUCUGGGCUAUGUAUUACGUGCUCAUCUUCUUCUUGACGAGUUCCUGA